UGUAAAUGUGUGUCCGGAACGUCAGGAACCCUAUGUGAAUACGUUUACGACUACUGCGAGGCUAUUGGUAAUAGAGUGUGCAUUCAUGGAGAUUGCUAUGAGGAUCCGACAUCAACACGACGAUUCUCGUGUAGCUGCCGCUUCAUGUUUUAUGGUCGAAACUGCGAUCGACAAUUGAGCGUCACCGAAGCGAAUCUGCAGUGGAUAAUGGUGAGUACCGUGGAGCUUGAAAUGAGGUGGAUCGAGGCUGAUACAUAA